AUGCCCCGCGUCCCCACAACCAGGGAGGUUGUGCCCGGUGCACCCGUCAACAUCAUCUUAAAGGCUGACCAACCAACCGGUCGCACCGUCUCGGGCACCAUCGCCGACGUGCUCACCCGCGGCAACCAUCCCCGGGGCAUCAAAGUCCGGCUCACGGAUGGCCGGGUGGGGAGAGUGCAAUCCAUGGGGACCGGGGGUUCGUGCCCUCCACCCGACCCGACACAGGGACAAAGGACAAGAAGGACUACCUCCGAAGCAGAGCUUCCUUCGCAGAAUAUCGGUCUAGAUGCAUAUAUGGUUAGUGCAAGACCGCGGCGGGGUGCACGUCGAGAUGAACCUCAACAACCCGUGCUCGAUGGUUCGGUAGUGACUUGUCCUGUUUGUGGGGUGUUUGAGGGCGAUGAAACUGCUGUUGCGCAUCAUGUGGCUGGGCAUUUUGCGGACUGA